AUGUCAGCACAGGCCAACACUGCCUCCGUUGCUGCCGCCACAGAGCGGAGGCAAGGGAGCAGUGCACCACCCCACAGAGCGGAGGCAAGGGAGAAGUGCACCACCCCACAGAGCGGAGGCAAGGGAGCAGUGCACCACCCCACAGAGCGGAGGCAAGGGAGCAGUGCACCACCCCACAGAGCGGAGGCAAGGGAGCAGUGCACCACCCCACAGAGCGGAGGCAAGGGAGCAGUGCACCACCCCACAGAGCGGAGGCAAGGGAGGAGUGCACCACCCCACAGAGCGGAGGCAAGGGAGGAGUGCACCACCCCACAGAGCGGAGGCAAGGGAGCAGUGCACCACCCCACAGAGCGGAGGCAAGGGAGCAGUGCACCACCCCACAGAGCGGAGGCAAGGGAGCAGUGCACCACCCCACAGAGCGGAGGCAAGGGAGCAGUGCACCACCCCACAGAGCAGAGGCAAGGGAGCAGUGCACCACCCCACAGAGCGGAGGCAAGGGAGCAGUGCACCACCCCACAGAGCGGAGGCAAUGGAGCAGUGCACCACCCCACAGAGCGGAGGCAAGGGAGCAGUGCACCACCCCACAGAGCGGAAGCAAGGGAGCAGUGCACCACCCCACAGAGCGGAGGCAAGGGAGCAGUGCACCACUCCACAGAGCGGAGGCAAGGGAGCAGUGCACCACUCCACAGAGCGGAGGCAAGGGAGCAGUGCACCACCCCACAGAGCGGAGGCAAGGGAGCAGUGCACCACUCCACAGAGCGGAGGCAAGGGAGCAGUGCACCACCCCACAGAGCGGAGGCAAGGGAGCAGUGCACCACCCCACAGAGCGGAAGCAAGGGAGCAGUGCACCACCCCACAGAGCGGAGGCAAGGGAGCAGUGCACCACCCCACAGAGCAGAGGCAAGGGAGCAGUGCACCACCCCACAGAGCGGAGGCAAGGGAGCAGUGCACCACCCCACAGAGCGGAGGCAAUGGAGCAGUGCACCACCCCACAGAGCGGAGGCAAGGGAGCAGUGCACCACCCCACAGAGCGGAAGCAAGGGAGCAGUGCACCACCCCACAGAGCGGAGGCAAGGGAGCAGUGCACCACUCCACAGAGCGGAGGCAAGGGAGCAGUGCACCACUCCACAGAGCGGAGGCAAGGGAGCAGUGCACCACCCCACAGAGCGGAGGCAAGGGAGCAGUGCACCACUCCACAGAGCGGAGGCAAGGGAGCAGUGCACCACCCCACAGAGCGGAGGCAAGGGAGCAGUGCACCACCCCACAGAGCGGAGGCAAGGGAGCAGUGCACCACCCCACAGAGCGGAGGCAAGGGAGCAGUGCACGCGCAACAUCCGAAACCUGAGACAACAGUGUGCUGUCAGGGGCGGGCUGGUUAGGUUCAAGGGGAACAGGAACUUCAGCGGCGUUCGCGUCAUGACCCGCCACUGGAUGUGCCUUAUUGUCUAUCACGUGGGCGUGUGA